AUGCAAGAUCUACGAGAAGCAAACUCGCCAGGGCGAACCUCAGAAUUAGAAAGACAGUUGAGGGAUUUUCAGCAACGUGAAGAAAACUUCCAGAGGCAGUUACGGGAGAUACAGGAACGUGAACAGAAUUUACAACGGCAGCUCAGAGUGGUUCAAGAACGGGAUCAGUCCUCUCAAAGCCAGCUAACGGAGUUUCGUCAACGUGAACAAAAUAUGCAGCGGCUGGUGAGAGAGUUACGGGAAGGAGAACAAAAUUCUCAAAGGCAGCUGAUGGAGUUUCAACAGCGUGAAGAAAAUUCUCAGAGGCAGCUGACGGAGUUUCAACAGCGUGAAGAAAAUUCUCAGAGGCAGCUGACGGAGUUUCAACAACGUGAAGAAAAUUCUCAGAGGCAGCUGAGGGAGUUGCAGCGGCAACUGAGGGAGAUAGGACAACAGUUGACCAAUUCCCGAGAACAAGUUUCUGAACUACAGUUAAGUCUUUCAACAGCUCAGCAAACAAUAAAUCAAUUGCGUAACCAGGGAGCACGUGACUGGGUUAUUCCCCGCGACGAAAUUCAAAUCACAGAAAAAUGCCUUGGGAGGGGAGGAUGGGGAAGUGUCAAUGAGGGAACGUAUUGUGGCUGUACUGUAGCAGUGAAAGAAAUCUAUGAGUUGAUCCUCUCCCCUCAUAACAUACGUCUUUUUGAGAGAGAAAUGAAUAUUGCAUCCAAGUGUCGCCAUCCUCACUUACUACAGUUUAUCGGCGCCACAGUUGACGAGGGAAGUCCUCUGUUUGUGACCGAGUUGAUGGAGAAAAGUUUGCGGACUCUGUUAGAACAGCGGCAACUGUCCGAAACAGAAAUACGCACCAUUUCUUUGGAUGUAGCCCGCGCACUGAACUAUCUUCACCAGAAGAAACCAGACCCCAUCAUUCACCGUGAUGUGAGCAGUGCUAAUGUGUUGCUAUGGCGACAGGGUGACCAAUGA